AUGGAUAAAGAGAAUGAUUUGCAAAUUUGCUACAAGCUGACAGAGGAGCACUUGAGUGUCCAGAGAAUUGAGCGUCAAAAUGUGAGGAAAGCCAACCAGUUGGUGUCUCACACGACAGCAGCUGCUCUGAAUCAUUACCUGAAGGGUGAUGGGAGUCUUAUUCUGUAUGAUGACGAAGAAGAAUUCAAUAAAGACUCAGUUGUACCAGACAAUUUGAAAGAAGAAUUGAUUGAGCUGGAAAAACAUCUACUACAUUUGAAGGAUAUCACCGAGGUUCUGACAAUUGCUGAUAUUUAUCCAAGAAUGAAACUGCAAAAUGACACUAGAAAUGCCUUGCUAGAUAUGGUCAAACAGCAAGACUCACUCGGAGAAAAACUACUGGAACAAAAUACCGAGUUAUUUGCUUGCUGCGAACAUCUUGAGCAGACAAUAGUGCCAUCCACAGAAAGUUUCAAGAUAGAACAACAGAAGUUGGUUGAAGAAACAAAUAAAAUGAUAGAAGAUAAGAAACUUGCAGAGCAAGAGAGAGAAUACAUAGGAGCAUAUGUGUCAGACAUAAGGAUGGGUUUGAUAACACUCAACAGAAAGUUGGACCGGGUUGAUAGGCUGUCAAGAUACGAAGCACAGUUGAAUAAAUUGGAGAAUCCAUGCGUUUCUGAGACCAAUGACAUACUUCCAUCUUCAACAACUGAUCCGCUUUCGAUUUUGGAAAGUGUGAACACAAAACUACUGAUGCUGGUAAAUAGGUACAAGCUGAUUGAUGUUCCGUUAACCAAUGCACAAUAUUUGAGAGGCAAAAAGAAACUUGAGCAGCAAAUCAUUCAGAUCAAUGCCACCGAAGUUGUGGAGGAUGUUUAUGAACACGCUAUGUCUGAGAUUCUGAAAGAAGUGGUAAUGAUAGAAGAUCCAUCAGUGCCAUCUAGAGCUGACAUAAAGAAACAGAGCGCCAGAAUUGUACGUUUGUUGGGAUCAGAAGAAUGAUCACAUUCAUUGAGUGAUAUUUAUAUGAAAGGAAUCAUCACUUUUUCUUCUUCACGAUACGUUUAUUAGCUCUUAAGCAAUAUAAUAAUCAUGGUCACAAUUAGUGAUGAAAAAUUCUAUGCUUGUUCAUUUCAUAAAUGUUUCAAGGACAAUUUCAACUUAUAGCUUUCAAUCCUAUCAUCAAUUAUUAUGAUUGUUUUCAUCAAUAAUGUCGAGAACCGUUUGAAUUAUUUGACUCUUUCAAUUUUUCAAUUAUCGAUAAAUUGGAGUGAAAUUUUGAGGAUGUGAUUUUUCUUUCUAUUAAAAUGAUAAAUAUUUGAGGUUCGUUGAAAAAGACUCAUUUAUUUUUUGGUGCAAUAGAAUUUAUUGUAAUUAAAAAUCAAUAUAGUUAUGUUAAAUUAUUAUAGUUGUUUUUGAUUAUGGAAGUUUUCACUUGAAAAUAUUGUGAUUUGUGAGACAUUUUUGAGUUUAGCAUUUUCACUUAAUCACAUAAAAC